UCACCAUUUCAAUUCAUUCACAUCAUUUCCUCAAACAGUUUCACACCCAACAACAGACCCAGUUUCUUCCUUCUUCUUCUUCUACCUUCCUCUGAUUCGCUCAUGGAAGUCACCCCUUUCACAUUUCUCAAUCAAGAAGAGUACUUGAACUUCUUCAGCUUGUAUCCCGAGAUGCAGGACUUCGGGACGAAUGAUGGGACUAAUAACCCCGUUACUGGGUCGAAGAAAAGGAAGAAGAUCGUGGAAGAGGAUAACAACAAUGGCAGCGCCGAGGAAGAAAUGAAGAAUAAGAUUCCUUUAACUGACAUCCUUACAUCGUUGAUGUUGCUAGACGAGGAGGAGAAGCAGGAGCAAGAGCUUUACUUUGCGCAGUCCCAGCAGCAAAAAGAGAUUUUUGAAGCGAAUUACAAGAAGAAAUCGGAAGUCAUGAGCCAAUACUACUCUGAUUUUCAAGAGAGCAGUACCCAACUCACCAACUUGGAGCAAUCCCACGGCAAAAGGAGCCGCAGCGCUGCUUUUGUCGCGGCUGCUUCCGCGGCAGACUCCAGUAGCAGUGGCGCGGCCACCGCGGAGGUUGGUGCAGCAGCCUCCGCUGCGGUGACGGGACCGCACCGGAGGCUGUGGGUAAAAGACAGGUCGAAAGACUGGUGGGACCAUUACAACAGCCCAAAUGUUUCCGAGGACGAGUUCCGGAAGGCGUUCAGGAUGAGCAAGGCCACAUUCGACGUGAUUUGCGAGGAGCUCGACUCUGCCGUGACCAAGAAGAACACAAUGCUGAGGGACGCGAUUCCGGUGCGGCAGCGCGUGGCCGUCUGCAUAUGGAGGCUGGCCACCGGGGAGCCGCUGCGGCUGGUUUCGAAGCGUUUCGGUCUCGGCAUUUCCACCUGCCAUAAGCUCGUGCUUGAAGUCUGCUCGGCUAUCAAGACUGUUCUAAUGGAGAAGUAUCUCCACUGGCCUGACGAGCUCACAUUGCAGGGAAUCAAAACCGAGUUCGAAUCUGUAUCUGGCAUCCCUAAUGUUUCAGGUUCAAUGUACACUACCCAUGUCCCGAUCAUAGCACCCAAAGCGAGUGUGGCAGCUUACUUCAACAAGCGUCACACAGAGCGCAACCAGAAGACUUCCUACUCCAUAACAGUUCAGGGUGUGGUUGAUCCAAAAGGCAUGUUCACCGACAUUUGCGUAGGCUGGCCUGGUUCUAUGCCGGAUGACAAGGUGUUAGAGAAUUCAGCUCUCUACAAAAGAGGCAGCUCCGGCCAAUUGAAGGACGUUUGGGUCGUCGGAAACAAGGGUCAUCCACUCAUGGACUGGGUUUUGGUUCCUUACACCCAUCAGAAUUUGACAUGGACGCAGCACGCUUUCAAUGAGAAGAUUGGGGACAUUCAAGGAGUUGCUAAAGAUGCAUUUGCUAGGCUCAAAGGGAGGUGGUCUUGUUUACAAAAGAGGACUGAGGUGAAGCUGCAGGACCUGCCUGUGGUGCUUGGGGCUUGCUGUGUUCUCCACAACAUUUGCACAAUGAGGAACGAUGAGCUCGAUGCCGAGCUCAAAUACGAUCUUUUCGAUGAUGAGAUGGUCGGGUCGAGCUUGACCCUGGAGAGGGUGGCUGCGGCCAAGCAGUUCAUAGAGAGCCACUUCAAGGCUCAGAUGAAGCACAUCCAGGAUCGUAAGCUCAGACGCUCGGUGCUGGAAAAGAAGUUGGCUUCUGAACGUGUACCAGAGGAGGAACAGAUCAAUCUAUUGAAGGAUCUGGAACGCAAAGAGACUGAAUAUAUGCGUCUUAAGAGGCACAAGAUUUGUGUUGAGGACUUCGACCUUCUCACCAUAAUUGGGAGAGGUGCCUUUGGAGAGGUCAGAUUGUGUCGCGAGAAGAUAUCUGGCACCAUUUUUGCCAUGAAAAAGUUGAAGAAGUCAGAAAUGCUCAGCAGGGGACAGGUCGAACAUGUCAGAGCCGAAAGGAAUUUGCUUGCAGAAGUUGCCAGUCACUGCAUUGUGAAACUCUACUAUUCAUUUCAAGACUCUGAAUACUUGUAUCUAAUUAUGGAAUAUCUACCUGGUGGAGACAUGAUGACUUUGCUCAUAAGAGAGGAGACUUUGACUGAAACUGUUUCCAGAUUUUAUAUUGCUCAAAGUGUUUUGGCAAUAGAAUCUAUUCAUAAGCAUAACUAUAUUCACAGAGAUAUAAAACCAGACAAUCUUCUGUUAGACCAAAAUGGUCACAUGAAGCUCUCUGAUUUUGGUCUGUGCAAGCCUCUUGACUGCUCAAAUUUAUCUUCCAUAAAUGAACAUGAAGUGCUCGAUGAUGAAAACUUGCAUGAGACAAUGGAUAUCGAUGAAUCAUCCCCAGAGACCAAAAAUGGGAGGCGCUGGAAAAGCCCACUUGAGCAACUUCAGCAUUGGCAGAUAAACAGGAGAACACUGGCAUAUUCAACAGUUGGCACACCGGAUUACAUUGCUCCAGAAGUAUUAUUGAAGAAAGGAUAUGGCAUGGAGUGUGAUUGGUGGUCACUGGGUGCAAUAAUGUAUGAGAUGCUUGUUGGUUAUCCCCCGUUUUACUCUGACGAUCCGGUAACAACAUGCAGAAAGAUUGUGCAUUGGAAAAAUCACUUGAAAUUUCCUGUGGAGGCAAGGUUGACACCUGAAGCAAAGGAUCUGAUUAGUAGGUUUCUGUGUGAUGUUGAACAUAGGCUUCGUACAGCAGACCAAAUUAAGGCUCAUCCUUGGUUCAGAGAUGUUCAGUGGGACAGACUUUAUGAAAUGGAGGCAGCAUUUAAACCGGAGGUCAAUGGGGAACUCGAUACUCAAAAUUUUAUGAAAUAUGAUGAGGUAGAUGCACCAGCGUCUGGAAGAAUUGGAUCUGGAAUUAUGAGAAAGAUGUUGUUGACUCCUAAGGAUCUUAGCUUUGUUGGCUAUACAUACAAAAAUUUUGAGGCUGUCAAAGGUUUAAAGAGGAGUACAUCACUAAAUCGGUCCUCCAUUGACUCUGCAAACAGUGACUCUGUACUGGACUACUCCAAAAAGUAUUCAGUAGAUGACAUGGAAGCUCAGGUGCUUGCUGAUUCAGGGGAUAUCAUGUCAGAGUGACUCGUAGCGCCUAGUGUAACAGGCGGACAAGGCCCUUCUAUCAAUACGUAGGGCAUUCCUGCUUGUUUUUUUCUGUCAGGUUUUGCCCUAAUCAACACAGUUGACUGCUACAUCUUCCAGAACUCUCAAUUGUACAGUAAUGAUGAAGAAACUUCAAGAUGACCCGUUGAUGGGUUUGUUUUGUAGGAAUAGCAGUAGAUUUCGAAAGCUUUAAACUGUAUCCAGUUAGUUAAGGUUGUAUCAAACUACCCAGGUUUGCAGAUAAAGGACAUGCCUUCACUUGUGGUUGUUUCUGGUCUUUCUUCCUUUCCUUCGUUUUCUAGGAAACUAUGGCUAUGUUAAACAAUGACCCGCCCUGAUAACUGGAAUUGUAUCAAUGCCUUUGGCUUUGAUUAUAAAGUUUUAUGGUGAAUUAUACUUUC